GAGGAUGUGGCCGUAGGGGCUGGUAGUUCUCAUGAGUAUUACUGCUCUUCUUUCCCACAGCUAAAAGAAUAUCAGCGGAGGAACAGCCCUGGUGUUCCUGCAGGAGUGAAGACAAAAAAGAAAAAUACUGGCAGUAGCCCUGAGACAACCACUUCUGGUGGUUGCCACUCACCUGGGGAUAGCCGGAACCAAGAACUGGAAGUAGCCCUGGACUCAAGCUCCGCAACAAUCAAUCAACUCAAGGAAAACAUAGAAUCAUUGAAACAACAGAAGAAAGAAGUGGAACAUCAGCUGGAAGAAGAAAAGAAAGCAAACAGUGAAAUACACAAAGCACAGACGGAGCAGUUAGAGACAAUCAACAUCCUCACAUUGGAAAAGGCAGACUUGAAGACCACCCUUUACCAUACUAAACGUGCCGCCAGACACUUCGAAGAAGAGUCCAAGGAUCUGGCCGGCCGCCUGCAAUCCUCCUUACAGCGUAUUCAAGAAUUGGAGCGGGCUCUCUCUGCUGUGUGUGCACAGCAGCGGGAAGAGGACAGGAUGGAGGAGUGA